GCUCCCCCACCUCUAGCUUUAACUCUGGCAGAAUCAACAUAACGGACGUUCGCGGCGCAAUAAAAACUGAAAAUAAUUAAAUUAUUCCAUAACUUUGCUGCGACACCACUUUUAAAACCGGAGCAUAUCAAGGCAGACAGAUAUCGCUAUCAAAUAGCAUAAUUCAAAGUGAUUCGAGCAGAACGUCGUUCGUAGUCGUUCGUUAUGGAAAAGUGCCUUGGUGUGUGUGCGUGCGUAUAAUUAAACAAAAGUAUUAAGAAAACGAAGUCGCAUAUUUUGCAAUACACGCUGCGAAAUAAUCGAGCAAUAAUUGUCGCAGCUGCAGGCGCACUUCCUUCUUCUCCCGUUUCCUUUACUUUGUUGUUUUUUAAAUCGGAUUCGCGCUACUACAUUUGCAGCUGCUGUUCAGCUAUUUAGCGCGCUUGUGUGUGUGUGCAGGCCCGCUGCCGUUGUUGUUGUUUUUGGCUCACCUCUCGUUUAACCACCUUGAAUGCGAGCGAGCGAGAGGGUCAGAGAGGGUGGAGAAGAGUGCAAAGUUGAUGCCCGUGUGUGUGUGUCACAACAAAUUAGCUGCGAGUGUGUGCGUGCGGCAUUAGUCACUCUCUUUAACUUUUAACCGCUUUUGGUCCACCUUUUUUGGGCGCAUCGCCAUCGCCAAAAGACAAACAAAAAAACCUACUAAGCCAGCUUUGCGGAUCGGAUAUUGUUGAAUCGAAUCGGAUCGGAACGAAUCGGACGUCGUCAAAAGAAAGCAUGACCAUUCCAUCGAGACCGGCGCCAGCUCCGCCAGGAUCACGGGGCCAGUGCGCGGCGGCUGGAGCGAAUGCCACCCUGGAGCAGCUGCGUCUUCAGCUGCAGCAGCAGCACUUGCAGCAGCAGCAGGCGGCGGGCGGAGGACUCCAGAAGCUGACCAUUAAGCUGCCGCCACCGCCCAAGGGUCCGCUGCAGUCGCAGAACUCACAGCACAAGCGGAUCAACGCCUCAAACAAUAACACAAAUAACAACAGCCUCUUCGAUGAGCCGACAGGAGGAUCGAGCAUCACCAGGAAGUUUCCGCAGGCACGCUACACGCCGGCCACCAACUGGGACGACGAUCCAUUUGGUGGCAGCAAUGGCAACGGCAACGGGAACGAUCGCUUCAAGAAGAUGCCGCCGCCGCGACCGCCGCCGCCCAAGGUGCUGGUCAAUGGUCAGAACAUGCCCAAGUCAUCAUCAUUCGCCUCCUCCUCGACGGCAUCGGCGGCCGCCGGCGGUAGCAGACUCAUCUCGAACAUCUUUCACCGCAAAAAGUCCACGUCCACGGCAUCGGCCGCUGCUACCAAGGCCGCAGCGGAGAAUCGCGUCUACGGUCUGAGCAGCGGCAAUGCCGGGACGCCAAUAAAUAGCAGCAGCAACAGCAACUCCUCCUCGGCGGCCUUUACCAAUGUGGACUGGAAUGCCGCUUGGAACUCGGCCAGCACAACCACCACCGCUUACACCACCACCACCUCGUCGAGCAGCAACCACAGCGAGGGCCAGCUCAUCAGCUUCGAUUCGCCGCCCUCGUCGCCCACGUUUACCCAAAAGUCCAACAGCGACUGCGUCAGCGUGGACAGCUUCAGUUCGGACAGCAACUUCAGUUCGCCGAACAACGGCAGCGUUUCUCAGCCGGAGAGCGGAUUCGAGGACGAUUACCAUCGAUCGCGGCCAUCUACGCAGAGUCCUUUGGAUCCCUGGGAGGCGGUGGAUAGCAUGGGACAUGGCUCGGUAGUCGAUAGCUUUGGCUCGGCCCCAGUUCGUCAGACCUACCAGAACUUGCAGGCUCCGCGCUCCUCGGACAAUCCGCUGUGCAAUGGGAAGAGUCUGCUGCCGCCCACGCAGUCGCUUACGAUGCCCACUAUUAUCAAGCCCAAGAUAUCGCAAAAGCCAAAGGCUCCUAAGCCGCCACCAUUCAUUGGGGGCAUACCGCCGGGAUAUAUCAUACCAGAGGGAUAUGAGGGAUCAGAGACGCCACCAUCGCCGCCGAUGCCCAAGGGACCACCGCCACCGCCGCCUUCUUCUAGUGGCAUCUCAGUGUUAGAUGUGAUCAGCGGCAAGGUGGACGCUCUGGCGCUGAGCAACGGAUGCCAGGGAUACAUGGAGGAGGAGGUCAUCCCCUAUGCCAUUGCGCUCUAUGAUUUCGAUGGCGUUGAGGAGGGGGAUCUGAGUUUUAGGGAAAACGAGAAGAUCUAUCUGCUGGACCACCCUACUCCAGAGUGGAUGCGCGGACGCACGCGUUCCGGAUGCGAGGGCAUCUUUCCGGUCAACUACGUGGAUAUCAAGGUGCCAUUGGGGGCCACUGGUGGUGGUGCUGCUGCCGCUCCAGCUGCUGCUGCUGCAGCAUCCUCAACCACAGCGCUCUGUUUGUAUCACUUCCCCGGCGGAGUCGAGGGAGAUCUGACCUUGCAGGAAAACGAAAUGGUCACAGUGCUUUAUAGGAUAAACGAGGACUGGCUGUACGGUGAGGUGGCGGGUCGUCAGGGCCAGUUUCCGGCCAAUUUUCUGGACCAGGUGCCUGCCAACCUGCCCACGUUGUAACCGUACAGAGCCCGGAAUCUUUAGCGAUCUAUAUAUAUUGUAUACCCUAUACCCUAACAUUGUCGAUAAGCGAGAAGACGUCAAGCGAACUGAAUCAUAUACACACAUAUAUAAUUGUAUUUUUACUAUAUUCUUUGCGAAAAAAAAAUAUUUAGAAACGAGCAUAUAGUCUAAGACAACUAAUUUGUAAGAGAAUCGAAAAAUGUUUUAAUGGCAGCACUAGAAACAUGCCCUUCUUUUCCCCGCUUAUACACGGGAUUGAUUUAUUGAUUUUAUGUUUAACCUGCGAAUGGAAUUGUUUUGUUUACCGAAUAAUUCAAUAUUUAUGUAUUAGAAAUUAUUUUGCUGAUCCCUAAAAUAUUCCCAAUAGAGCUGGCAAAAAUAUUGUAAAUAAGUUAAAAUGUACGUGAUUUCUAUUAAUGUUUAAUUAUUUAAAUCGAGUUUAGUUAGACGCUUAGUUAGGCACAUUUAAAGAUUCCAAUUUAUAAUGCAAACCGUUUGUUUAUGUAUGUAAUUAUAUUUCUUGAAAGUGUUUAGGGGAGUUCGAUGAAGAUUAUUUAUCUGUCCCUUGAAGAGUGCUACCUUUAUCAUUUAUAAAAUAUCAGGAUAUCCUAGCAAAGAAGAAUGUAAGCUGAAAUAAAUGAAGAUGAUCACAAAAAUUCA